AUGCCGCGUCUAGCUUCCCGUUCCGACCCUUUUACCUUCCCUGACGCCUCGGAUCUCAUGGUCCUUGAAACCCCCCUUUUGCGGGUAAGCCGGCCCGUGGCAGCCUGCAUGCGAUGCCGUACUGCCAAGAUCCGAUGUGACGGAAAGCUUCCUGCCUGCACUUCGUGCGAGCGAGCCAACAAGGCGGCCGAGUGUUCCAGCACUAAUGAUCAGUUCGCCAAGGGCAAGGAACGAAGUUAUGUGGCGACCUUAGAGAGCAAGGUGGAGAAGUUGGAGAAGCGGUUGAUGGAGGCCAGCGCACGACGGAAGAGCUCCACCAUUACGAUGAUCGAUUUGGCUGCAACACCACGAAGAGUAUCUGCCGCAGCAAAUGUUGGCGGUGUGGCUGGCGCGGAUAGAAGCAAUCCCCAGGACAAAAGAGCGGCGAUCAGGAAAGAAGCAAGCAACAUCGAUGACUUGGUGUCGGACUUCGGAUUAUUAGCGGUAAACUCGACCGCGCGGGACUUCUAUGGAUUUACAUCCUCAAUGACGUAUGCGAGGCUAAUCCUGUCGGCUGCAGCCCAAGAAACGCUCCCGAGUGGAAUGACGAAGGCGCUUCCCCAGAAAUUCGAGGCAGUUCCUUUAGUCCAGCACUACCUUAACACCCUUGGCCUAGUGCUUCCUUUCUUUGAGGAGACAUCAUUCUAUGCAUCCAUGGACAACGUAUACCAGCCUGAGGCCACCAGGGCUUCCCCGUUCGAUCGCUUCCUGGUCCGAAUGGUCUUGGCUAUUGCUUCCGCAUCCAUGUCAGAUCAAAGGGGUGACACGCCCUACCUAGAUGCUCUAGGCCAUCUCUGCGAAGCCCUGGAGGACACGGACGGUAUAUUACAUCCCGGAUCCCUCCAGAGUAUACAAGCCAUGUUGCUCUUGGCUGUGUAUGCGACAUUCGACCCCCAUCACUUCGAUAGCUGGACGUUAGUUGGAGCUGCCUCACGGGCCAUGGUCGAUUUGGGCAUCCAUCAGGACCCCUCCAAGUCGGUCAAGAUGCCGAAACAAAAGCUAGAACUCCGCCGACGGAUAUUUUACUGUGUAUAUGCCCUCGAUCGAUCAACUGCUCUGGUCCAAACCCGCGCAUUCUCCUUCUCGGAUGACUCAGCUCAAGUGGCUUUUCCGUUCCAAUCUCGAGCCUCUGCUUCCGUCAAGAAAGACUCGCCGCCGAGUCCCCUAUGGCAGCCAGCCUCGGUAUCAGCCCUUGAAUACUUUCGAUUGCGCCAGAUUCAGUCCCGAUGGUACACCCUUUUCUUCCAAUCGGGUCGUACGCCGAUGGACAACCCCUAUGCACAUAUUUGGCAGACAUACCACGAGAUGACGGCAUGGUAUGAUGGCCUGUCGCCGAACAUACCUACUACUGUCCGUCAAAUCUUCCACCUUGAGCUCCUCUACUCCUAUGUUUACCUGCUAUCCCCAUCGGCCCGCUGUCCGGCCAUCAAUUCGUAUGCACAACGCCUCAUCUUUGAACAUUGCAUUGCAUAUGCUUCUAAGAUUGCCUCGAUCGUUGCCACGAUCCAACGAGACAAGAAAGCGGCCCUGAUCCCCCUUACUUUCUACGAUGCCAUGCGCGUCUACAUGACCGGUCGGCAAUUCAUCGACGUCCUUGCCCGCAGCCCCACCGAGCUCCUCAACCCAAUCCCACCCACGCCCCCCGCUGUCCUCGCGCCGUCCCCUCCCGGCGACGAUGGCGAAAUCGACCCUCUUGCGCCCGCCACCGAAAUCGCUCCUCCACGCAUUCCCGACCCGUAUAUGGAUCCACCCCACGCCACCUCCGCUCACUCCACGGGUAGCGCUUUUACUAUCAACGACCCCACCACGCGAUCCACCCAAGCUAUCCAGGACUUCACCGACAUUCUUUCCUAUUUCGGCGUUCGCUUUGGAUUCAUCUCCUGGCGCGACCGCUUCUCCCGCGAAUCCGCUCCACUGCUCGCAACUCUCCUCCGACAAUCACAGCAGAACGAAGCGAGCGCCAACGCUAUGGGCGUGGGAAACAUGACUAGCUAUGCGGGCAUGGGGAGUCACGGCCACAGCCCCAACCACGGCCUCAUGCAGGUACCAAGCCAUAGUCCAGGGCAGAGCCAUGCCGCCACGAACCUCCCUCCUCAUGGAAUGAUCCACCCGCACCAGCAGCACCCGCAGCAAUUGAUGCAAACCCACUCCCAUCAGAUCCCGAUCGCUCCGCACACGAGUCCCGCCCAGCUCAGCCCGGCCCAGCUCAGCCCCGCCCAGCAACUCCUUAGCACCAGCCCGGGUCACCUCAACCCCAGUCCGAGUCACCAGCCGAGCUCAAGUCCAGGCACCAUGCACGGCUUCCCCCCGCUCAGUCGCGCCACGUCGCACGGAUCCGCGACGUCGAGCCAACCGCCGAACUACUGGAGACAUCCGAGCCCCCACCAACCCCCCCAACCACCGCAGCAGCCAAUAUACACGACGUCGCCGCCGCCGGCAUACGGAUAUGGGCAACCGUGGACGGGAAAUUCAGGACAUGGGGUCACGGGCGUGGGACAGGGCCAGACGGAGCAGGGGAACGCGUCCGGACCGCCGAUGAGCAUGGCUGAUCCAGCGUUGGGCGGGAUGGCGGGGUGGGAUACCAUGCCGAGUGGGAAUCAGAACACGCGGUUUGGGUAA